UGCCGAAGACGUACAACGCGACCCAAUCCCGGAGGUCUGGACGCCCGGGCUAGUAUAAAGCACCGUACGCCUUGCCGCUCGUCCUAUAACAUAUCCGGCCUUCUUUCUGCGGCAUCUCCCAUCCCCCAUAUCGAAAUACCCACACACUCGUUCACGCCCCAUACCCACCUGGCUUAAGUGCGUCCGGCCCUCCUCAUCGGCCGCCUGAGAUCUCAUUCGCCGACCUGACGUAUAUAUACUGCGGCCCCUCGUCUGCUCGUCUUCUUCCCCAGAUCACACUCCUUCGAUAACUUAACUAUCUAACCAUGGGCGUCAUCACCUUUGCUUUCGUGCUGGCAGCGAUCUAUUUCGUCUGGUCACACUUGAACAAGCCUCGGCGCGCACUUCCGCCUGGUCCCAGGCCUCUCCCACUCGUCGGGAACAUCACCAAUCUCACUGCGCAUGAACUCUGGUUGCGCGCAAAGGAGUGGGCACAUGAAUAUGGUGACAUCACCUACCUGCAUGUGUUCGGCCAAGGCCUCGUUUUCAUCAACAAAUAUGAAGUCGCCGUCGAGCUGCUGGAGAAGAGGGGCGCGAUCUACUCCGACAAGCCUGGGCUCGUCAUGGCCGGAGAUCUAUGCGGCUGCGAGAACAUGGUUGCGUUUACCCGUUAUGGCGACAAGUCGCGCCGCCAGCGCAAGCUGAUGAACAUGGCGCUCGGCGUCAACAGCGUGAAGCAAUACAACCCUCUACUCGAGAGCGAGGCGCACGACCUCCUCAGGCGACUCCUCCAGAACCCAGCCGACUACGUCGGCAACUUGAAGCGGUAUGCCGGUGGCCUGACGCUGUCGGCGGUGUAUGGCUACCAGGCGCGAUCGAACGACGACGAGUUCCUGCGCCUCGCAGACGAGUGCGUCGAUAUCCUGUCCAACGAGAUUGCGUCUGGUGGUGGCAUCUGGCCUGUUGACGUGUUCCCUGCGCUUCAAAACCUGCCUGACUGGGCGCCCGGCGCAGGCUUCAAGCGCAAGGCGGCCGUAUGGAAGGCUAAGAUGGAAGAGUUCGUCGAAAAGCCGUACGCGUAUGUCAAGGAGCGGAUGCGAGAUGGGAGCGCCCUUCCGUGCUUCUGCACGACAUUGCUUGAGGAGCUGCACGAGCGCUGCGGCGUAGAGAAGAAAGAGGCUGAGCAGAUUGACCCCCAGCGAGACUUUGACAUCCGGUGGACCGCGAACUCGAUGUACUCUGCCAGCAUCGACAGCACUAUGACCACUGUCUCCCAUUUCAUCCUCGCGAUGAUGCUCCAUCCCGAAGUCCUCGCGAAAGUGCAAGAGGAGAUGGACGCCGUCGUCGGCUCCGGACGUCUCCCAACCUUCAGCGACCGUGCAUCUCUGCCCUUCCUCGAAUGUGUCAUGAGCGAGACGCUCCGCUGGGGCGUCCCCGUGCCCCUGGCGCUUCCACACCGUCUGAUGGAGGACGACUUCUACAACGGCUACCACAUUCCCAAGGGCACCAUCGUGUUCGGAAACGUGUGGAACAUGGUUCGCAACCCUGAGGUAUACCCUGAGCCCGAGGCGUUCCACCCCGAACGCUUCUUGGAGCCUGCGGACGAGCUCACCGCGAAGCGUCGUGACCCGCGCAACUUCGUCUUUGGCUUCGGGCGGAGACGGUGCCCGGGCCUGCACCUCAUCGAGCAGUCCCUGUGGAUUGUAAUGGCGUGCAUGGUCGCGACGCUCGAUAUCUCGAAGGCGAUUGACGAUAACGGUAACGUCAUCGAACCCAAAAUCACCUUCGACAACUCCGUGUUCAGGACACCAGCGCCGUUCAAGGUCGACAUCCGCCCGAGGUCGGAGCAGUCGCUCAAGAUCAUCCGUCAGGUCACGGAAGGCUCGGCCUGAUUUCGUCAUUCUCGCCGUUUGUGUGGUCGCUGGCAGACUGAAAGUACGUACUGUAGUAAUAGUUAUUCACGGGUCACUUGCUUUGCACAUCCUACUCCUCGAACUGCAUUGGGUAUUUGCUGCAUCUUUUCAAUUCGAUUUCUCAUC